UUAUCCAUGUAAAGCUCUAACGAGGUUGUUAAAGCUGAAGAAUGCUUCAAACUGGCAACACAGAAAUUGAUCCACCCACGUUUUCUGUUUCUGACACCAUUUUGCUAAGUAAACUUAACUACUCAACAUGGCGCCCACAUCUCCUACUCUUACCUUUACGCGUCUUCUUUCAGAGGUAUUUUGCUGGUGGAAAUGGAGAUCGAGUGAAGAACAUUAAAUCUGCCACAACCCACUUUCCCUGGAAAGAGAAAGCAGAAAAUAUAACUUAGAGAAAUGGCAAGAAUGACGACAUCUCGAAAAUGGUUCGACAUGAUCCGAAGAAAAUUCCUCAGAUCAUCCUCUCAUAGAAACACUAUUGUUCUUGAUUCCAAUUCUUGCUCCAGUCCUCAUGAUGAGGCAAAAACAGAUGAAAAAGCCAGUUAUAAGGAAUUGAUUAGUGAAAUUUCACUGAUUUCAAGGAAACAACUCACCCAAGAAGACAUAGCUGCCAUGAAAGUCCAAGCAAUUUUCAGGGGCCAUCUCGCAAGACGAGCAUUUCGAGCACUAAGAAGCCUGGUGAAAAUGCAAGCAUUAGUUCGAGGGGCUUACGUAAGGAAACAAACUCGUAUAGCCCUGCAUUGCAUGCAGGUUCUUGUCAGAUUGCAGGUACGGGUUAGAGCAAGGCAACUCCAGCUCCUUGGCACAUGCAGCGAUUGAUUGAUACUACUAGGCAAACACAAUUCAGAGAGCUUUCUAACAUCCCAUGGCAUGCGCAACAAUAACAUGCAUCCACAUUUAUAAUUAGUCGGAGGAAACUGAUCUCUUUUCUUCCUUUCUUUCUCUGCCUUCUUUUUUAUCUUAAUCACUAAAGGCUUUUCCCAUCAGAUUCAAACGGAGAUCCCUCUUUUUUCAUUGAAAAAUUGCGGUUUUUUCUCCUUUGGUUUGGACGUUUUGUCAUUUGCGCGCUUGGAGAUCAAAUCCUAGAAGGCAUUCUGCCAAGAGACAUCUUAAAUGGAAAAGUACUUUUUUCUGUGGAUUUCUGUCAAUUUACACAGCUCUUAUACUUGGAAUUAAUUUCAUAGCAAAUCCUAGGGUCAAAGUACUGGAUGUUAAAAAAAAAAAAAAAAAAUGCGUGAUUUGUGUGCGAUAGGUUCUUAGUUUUACCAAGGUAAGUUUCGCCACUAGCUUGUCUAACGCAGGUGAAAUUUUGGUGUAGAAAAUUUCCAAUGCCAUUGCGUGCACAAAUAGCGAUUCGACUAUUCCAAUGUAUAUAGCCAUAGUUUGGCCCCCUGAUUUCCCCAUGCCUAAAAUGGAAUUCUU